AUGGAACGAAUUGGUGAGUUUACCGUCAUGGCAUUUCAUAAUGUUCGCAAUGCCGCUGCACUCCACGAUCACUUCAAGAAGAAAAAGAUUGACGCGGCGGUUAUAGAUGCAGCUUACAUUGUGUCGCACCUUCACCUUUCCGUGGCUCUGCAUCGCUUAUCAACUGAGCCGCUUAUCACAGAAAGCGGUGCCAAAUCAGUCGCUUCUUCAUCAACCGCUUGCGGCACAUCUCUCGUACCAGAGCGGAAGGUUACCGCUCGCGAUGUUUUUUCGUCGCUGUCGCACACUCGCAACCUCGACCGGGUGCUGGAGCGCCUUACUUGCGCAAGCACCACAACUGCAGUCGUCAUUGUGUUGCAUGCGCCAUCGUCCCAACAUGUGGAGGGCGUUGCGGCAUUUGUUGAAGGUGAACCGCAUCGCUUGUCAGAUAACAACCGUUACUGUAAAGAAGCGGCCGUCCGAGACUUUUAUGGCGUCGGAGAAGCUGAGACGGGGCUUGAGGCGGCCGUCGUGAAUCGGUUAGCCACAAGCGGUAUUUGA